CUACGAGGACAGCAUUUUUGUGUGCUCGUCGUUUUCACAAUGAUAUUUCUUGAAUACUAUCUAGAAAACAAACUAGAGAAUAUACUGAUCCAUUCAUUCUUGUCGUUUUGUUAUUGUUUUUACAUGUCAAUGUCGGAUGUGGUUUCGGGUUUUAUAUACCUUGGAUUUCGGAAAAGUUAAUGAAAUGGGCCAUUGUAAUAGAUUUAGCAACUGCUCAUACCAAAGGAAACAAUGAUAAAUUGACUGAUUAUCAGAUGUACACAAGAAGCAUCAAAUGUAUAUACCUACCUGUCUUCUUUGUUGUUAUUGCUGCAUGGCUGCGCCAGGCAUCAGGGCAACUUCCUGAUGUGUACCAGCAAGGUGUGCUGCAGCCUUACACCAGCUACUCUGAUGUGACCCUUUUCAAGUUCCAUGUGCCACCAGCUACAGCCAGAGGCCGCUGGCAGUUUGCUGCAGUACAUGAUGAUCCCAGCUGCCAGGCCAGGCAGGUGCAUGUUUUUCUGCAGUAUGGCAGUUACCCUGUGAUUAACCACGGGAAUGGCUCGGCCCUGUUCGACCGAGGUGCCUCUCUCCGGCGGCUGACAGUGGUCAGCACUCCCCAGCCUCAUCCUGCCACUGAGCUCACUGUGGAGGCCCCCCAGCCGGGCCAGUGGUAUGCUGCUGCGUACAUCGCCGAUGCGGAUCGAACGGUAUCACAGCAGGGCCUCAGCCACCGCUGCCAGUACAGCCUGGGCUCGAUCGGGUACUGGCGUCAGGAGACCCCGCAGCUGCUGCCCGUCAAUCAGCCGGUCAGCGUCCUCACCAUCGCCAGACAGUCGUUCUUUAGGUUUUUCGUUCCAUCCGGCGUCGAGUCAGUGUCAGUGUCGGUGUCGGGGUGUCGACCGGCGAACUCCGCAGGACCGCCCCCCGACGCCGUCCACCCCUGUCUGGCCUGGGUCGGUCUGAGGCCGAGCGCCCUCCCCAAUGGACAGGCCGCCACAGACGGUGACCAUCUGUCGUGGGACGGCGGUCCGCCUCAGUGGAGUGUCUCCGGGCUGCAGUCGGGAGCCACUCACACCCUGCGACCGGAGCUGCUCUGGCACGACGUCUACUAUUACCUCGCACUGGUGGCUGAUAAUAGCGCCGAGCUCACCGUUACUGUUACAUUGAGACAAUGCGAGUUUCUGACGACGGACGGCCGACCGCCGGCCGCUGACGUCACCACUACUCAGCUGGCGAACCGGUCACAUGUCGCGGGCCCUCCGCCAGAGCGGUGCGCCCCACUGACCCGUCUGACCCGGGUUCAGUACGCUCAGGACUUCACUGACACGUUCCUGGCUGUGAAUGCCGCCUUCUACCACACGUGGCUGGCACUUACGGAGAGGAGGAUCAGCUCUGUCACGUUCGAGACACAUGAGUUCGAGGAUAUCGGUGGUACUCUGUACGUCGAUUUGAGGCUCAGCAAACUCAUCAUGGGCGACUCUCGUCAAGUGGUGACCGUGUCUGGCUGCGUGUCGCCCCACGUCCUGCCUGUUACGGACGCCGGUGAACUGCUCUGCCACCCGGGGCUGGCCUUUAACCUGAGCUCUGCCAGCGAGCGGCAACUCUCCGCGGUUCGGCUGGUGCCGUUUCCCGAGCCAGCCCGCUGGUUCGUCUCGCUGCGCACCAGCUGCUACAAUGCCAGCUCUGGCAGCCAGCUACCCUGCGUCCGCUCCCAGUACGCAGUGAACCUGGACGUCCACCUCCAGCCGUGUGUGUGGCCCGGCGCGCCGUGUGGAGAGCACGGUAUAUGUCGGGAGAACCACCGUGGUCGGCUCUACUUUACCGCUUGCAGCUGCCUGGACGGUUACCGCGGCUGGGACUGCAGCGACGGCUCGGCAGCAGUACCCUCCGGCCGCCGCCUCCUCUCCGUAUCCCUGCUCACCCUCAGUAACCUGGCACUGCUGCCCGCCGUUGUGCUGUCCCUGCGCCGCCGCCUGGCCACCCUGGCUUUAGUUUACGCUGCGGCUAUGGUGGCCUCGAUGCUGUACCAUCUGUGUGACCAGCUGGGUCGCCAGCUGACGGGCACGGGAUACUGCCUGCUGCGGUUUGAGGUGUUACAAUUCUGCGACUUUUUCGGCUGCGUACUGAGCUGCUGGGUGACCCUGGUGAGCCUGGCCGAAUGGCGGCGGGCCGAGCCUACACUGCACGUGCUGGGUGCAGUGUUAGCGGCGGCUGCCGUGCGCUGGCGUCCCACCGCGCUGGGGGUGUUCCUGGUACCAGUUCUGCUUGCUGCCGCCGUACCGGUGGCAGUGUACGCGGCGCGGAGCUGGCGCCGCGGCCGACUGCUGAAGCUCAGCCGCUCCUGGCUGCUGCGACACCUACUGCCGGGGCUGACGCUUGCCCUGAUCGCUGUCGGAAUAUUCACCGGCCUGGAGACAGUCGACAACUACCAGUACACGCACAGUGCGUGGCACCUGGCGCUCUCCCUGUCUCUGCUAGCCCUGCUGCCUGACGGCGGCCGGCGGGGCCCAUCACCCUCCGACCAGCUCCAGCUGAUAGCUGAGGACGCAGACAGCGACAGAGUAUCCUUUCGACACGAGCUGGAAGAGCUGGGAGCGGGCCGGGGGUCGCCGACCUUCUGUAGAUCGGACUCGGCCGCCCCCGUCCGUGCCGUGGUCGCCGCCCCGGGCACCGCUGGCAGCUAACACGGAAUGGAUACAGUGGAGACUUCUGACACAGCUGAGUUGGUUUCUGCGAAAGGUGCGUCCUCUGCAGUCUGAGGUACGACGAUCUAGGAGAAGUUAUGGUAGCUGGUAAGAGUGUGAUGACUGUUACAGAGUGGGCGAAAGGGAAGGCAUUACACACAUUUUUGAUCUAUUUGUCGGGGGGGGGGGGUGCACUGAAUCAUCGUAAAGGUGCUCCUCUGCCUUGCUUGGAUGUAUCACGGAUCAUGUUUUUACGGCAAUGUUGAUUAAACGCUGUCUUGCAUGGACCUGAUAUUCCAUGGAUGAGACUUUAUGGUGCAAUGUUCUAGAUCUGACUAUUCCGUAUCGUGUUUCUGAUAGCCCCUUUGAUAAGUGGAUAUGCCUAAGCUAUGCAAUCGAUCCGAUCUUGAGGUGCUUUGAUAUAUCCAAUCCUCUGGUUCUGACGUCUUGGUUCCGACAUAUUGUCCUGGGAGCUGAACUUACAUCCGUUGGAUCUAAAGGAUAUCUUGUGUUAAAACAUCUCCUACGGCGGAGUUCUUUCCUCUGUCCCGUGAUGUUCCAAUGUCGAGCGCUGGUUCUGCCCUUUUGACGUCGAGAGUCACUCAACACUUUCCAGGCUAUCACUGCCGUCUACUCAGCCUACACUCUCUGUAUAGUGUACAAUCUCAUCACGGUCCCGACCGGCCUCUUCCAUCGUAUCCCUUUGCUUUCAUUCCUUCCAGUCUGCUUCCAUCGCAACUGUCCGUGUCUGCGGCUACCCCGCUGCCUUACGCUCUUUCCUUCACAUUCCCUGGCUAGUGGACGAUAAUCAGGUCACUGUCACAAACGUCCACUUCGUUCCAUGCACCCAUCCAUCAGCAGACCGGGAAUUUUCGGCCCUUCCCCGCCACAGAAGUCGCGGAGUUCCCGAGUUGUCAGCACUGUUCCAUGUUCCAUUGUGCUGCGCUACGGGCGUCUGAUACGUCGCCCGAUAUUUACCUGUCGCGGUUAUCGCGCUGGUAUCUGCCGGCGGCGGGUGGUCGUUUGCUGGCUGAGUGCUAGCCGGGGUGUGGUCGAACCUUUUGUUUCGAUGCUGUACGUAUUCGGUCGAGUACCGUGCGGGGUUGUUGUUUGCCGUGUGUAUGGGAGGAAGGUUGACUAGAUGAGUCACUGCUCCGGUUUGGCGGCGGAUGCUGUUUUGAUGAGUCAGAGUACGGUUGAGUCGACAAAGUUACUGCAGGAGAUGCUGUUGCCCUUUGCCCGGGUUUGACACGUGUGUGCCACAAGCUAUCGGUGUUAUCAAGCUCACGAGGAUAGCGUAGAAGCAGUAUACAAUGCGUCCGCGGGAUGGUAUUAAGUCUAAGCUGGUUCGUUUCGCGCUGCGUAGUCAUAUGUGUAGACCCAUAGCUCUUCUUACCAGUGUAAGAUCUCCACUGUGUGCCAUUUGAUGCAGUUUUGUAAGCGGCUGUCGAUAUACCACCACGCCAUUCGCAUGAUUUUGUCAGUCGCUACCGUAUUGACGGAGUUUCUUUCCAAUCUUUGGCGUAGCAUCAUCUUGCGUCAUAUUGUCAGAACUUUGAUGCCAUGAUGAGACUUUGUAGCAUCGUUAGAACAGUAUCGUGACUCGUCCUUGAGAAGAGAUUGUUAAUGCUUUGUAGAUGAGAGAUUGGCUGAGGUUAACCGAGUAUCUAUCACUGCGUAUCUCUUUUGAAUCUCGUUGUCAAUAUCAAGAGGCUAUUAGGAAUAUUGAAUGUUAAUGACGCUUUUCAAUAUGGGCAUCAAAACCAGUGCAGCUCCAUGUGAUGUGUUUCUACGCUUAUACGGCAGCUAUCGCUUGUAGUUUUUUUUACGUUCAACGUACCAUUGUCGUUUUCUAUUUUUGUAGACAUUUGACAUCACCCAGGCGUUGAACUUAUUUGUGAAUGGCAUGGUCGCAGAAUUUUUCACGAAAAGUGGGUAAGGAUAUACUUGUAUCUCCUUACCCGAUCUCUGACGACUUCUUUUGCAGUAUAGUCGUCCUCCUCCCUUGCAAUCAGUAAUUAAUAAAUUGCAGUCUUUUGUUUGUUGUGUGACUUAAAUUAAGAUAAAUUGUGUGAAAAGUUCUGGGAUUCUGCCACACGGUCCUGGUUCUCACCUCCAUGUCAUAUGCGUAUGUUGUUUACUUUUCAUCAUGUUGUGCCUUCAUGCUGCAUUUCUCAGCCCGCUUACUGCCGUACAGUGUUCCUGUCAUAACGCGUACUCCAUUGAACCUAACGCUUCCAGUUGUGUAUCCGCAGUCGCUAGUUGCCAUGUCUCAACGUUUAUAUGUCCAUGUCAACUGUAAAUACUGCCUUUGGAGAAUUUCUUGUGUUCCCAUGUCUUAACGCUUAUGUGUCUGUCAUAUCACAUAUGUACUGCCUUUGAAGUCAUUCGUGUUAACUGUUGCAUAAUCGUUAAUCAGGUAUCUGCGUUGCUUGUCCUGUCUGUUGACAAAGUAAGCAUUAUAGCAAACUUGAGAGCGGUUGGAGUGCAUGCACGCUUAUGCUGGUUGGAACGGAUUUGAAUAGACGCUAGACAGUGAUAUUGUCUUGCCACUGUUCUACUGCCCAAUACGAUGCAUGUAUGUGUAGCUUUUAUACGUGUCUCUCGUUUCCGAGACAAUACAUGUCUGCCUCAUAAA